AUGGAAGAAUUCGGAAGAGAGCCUUGUCCAAUGAGAAUAUUAGAAGAUCUUGGUGGUGCUUUUGCCAUGGGUCUUAUUGGGGGUGGUAUUUUUCAAAGUAUCAAAGGUUUCCGUAAUGCACCCACUGGAUUUAACAGACGCUUUAAUGUAAGUUGAAUAGCAUGUGAUAUAUCAGACAUCUUAAAAAUUUAUUGCUUUAUUCUUAAAUAUUUGCUAAAAUAAAUGAUAUGUCAUAAGUACUUUAUUUAAUAUAAACCAAAUCUUGUUUUCUAGGGUGCCUUUCAUUCCGUGGCAACCAGAGCACCCAAUAUAGGAGGCAGUUUCGCUGUGUGGGGAGGAUUAUUUUCAACAAUUGAUUGUUCACUAGUAGCAAUUAGAAAAAAAGAGGAUCCGUGGAAUUCUAUAGCUAGUGGAGCUUUGACCGGUGGUAUAUUAGCAGCUCGUAAUGGGAUACCUGCUAUGACAGCUAGUGCUGUUUUUGGUGGUUUACUAUUAGCCAUGAUCGAAGGAUUUGGUUUAUUUUUCAUGCAUAUGUCAGCCGAACAGUUCAGACCUCAACCACCAAUUUUUGAAGAUCCAACCAAUAAUCCUAACUCAGGAUAA